CACGCCUCUCCUUGUCCCCUCCCCUCUUCCACUGCAGCCUUUCUCUUCGCCUGGGCCACUUCCUUCUUCAGCUUGUUCCUCCCCAGGGCGCGGAAGCAGAGAACACGGUCCAGACCCACGCGGCUUCAGUUCUUCCGCGAAGAAGGAAGCAGUCGGAGAGUCAGCAAUGAAUGUGGAUCAUGAGGUUAACCUCCUAGUGGAGGAAAUUCAUCGUCUGGGUUCUAAAAAUGCUGAUGGAAAGCUAAGCGUGAAGUUUGGGGUCCUCUUCCAAGACGACAGAUGUGCCAACCUCUUUGAAGCAUUGGUAGGAACUCUGAAAGCUGCAAAGCGAAGGAAGAUUGUAACAUACACAGGAGAACUACUGUUGCAGGGUGUCCACGAUGAUGUGGACAUUGUAUUGCUACAAGAUUAAUGUGGUUUACAUAUUGUGGUGUCUCUGGUAAACUGGAAAAAUUAAAUCAAAAGACAAACAUAUGCUUCCUUAUGUAUUUUGUAUAGAACUUUGUAAACAAAGGGGACUCAUUAAGAAGUCCUGUUUUUAUACCUUGAAAGAAAACAUUACACUGUAAAAUAAACAAAACCUAUUAUUUUUCUUAGGAAUGUGAUUGGGAAACAUUUUUGGAGGUGUGAGAGGAGUUUUUGUUUUCUUAAAUCAUUUUUAGAGAAUUUCUACAGGCACUUGACAUUCUGUCAAAGUAAGGAGCAAACUGAAGAUCAGCUGCCAUGGGGAAUGUUGUGUUAAUGUAAUAAAAACAUGUAACUGCCUUUAAA